GGCGAUGGUGUUAUACAUGAAUACAGCUUAUAUGGCGUCCUGUAAUGUGACCUGGCUGCCUCCAGCCUCGGUUAGUCGCAGUUUAACACCAGCUAGCCUCGGUUAAUCGGUGCGUUUCCUCCGCAGCAGGACAGACACAAGACCACACCAUGCUGCCUGACAAAGACGGUCCAGGUGUUGGAGGGGGACAGAGCUACCCUGAGGGAGAGGACCCCUCUGUGAGUCUCUUCAGAGACUACCUGCGUCUCAGAACUGUCCACCCUGAGCCCGACUACGAUGCUGCUCUAAGAUUCCUGGACAGAAUAGCAGAGGAGCUUCGGCUACCCAUGAAAAAGAUUGAGAUUUGCCCAGGCAGAGUCGUGUCGAUCAUGACGUGGGAAGGGACGAAGCCCACGUUAAAAUCCGUCCUACUGAAUUCCCACACAGAUGUUGUGCCCGUUUUCCAGGAACAUUGGAAAUACGAUGCUUUCAGUGCUUUCAAAGAUGCAGAGGGCAACAUUUAUGCCCGAGGAACACAGGACAUGAAAUGUGUAACUAUACAGUACAUCCAGGCGGUCAGAAGACUGAAGGCGGAGGGACUGAAGCCGAUGCGCACUGUUCAUCUGAUGUUUGUUCCAGAUGAAGAAGUCGGAGGUCACAAGGGAAUGGAAACAUUUGUGACGCACCCAGAGUUUCAAAAAUUAAACAUUGGCUUUGCUCUCGAUGAAGGUCUGGCAAAUCCUGGCGAGGCGUUCACCGUGUUUUAUGGAGAAAGGAACCCCUGGUGGAUUACGGUCCACUGCCCAGGUAGUCCAGGUCAUGGGUCUCGGUUUGUGGAGAAUACAGCUGCUGAAAAGCUGCGGCAAGUUAUAAACUCCUUUCUGGACUUUAGAGAGAAGGAGAGACAAAGGCUGAACACCAGUGAGUGUUUCACACUCGGAGAUGUCACCACUGUGAAUAUGACCAUGGUCAAAGGGGGCGUGUCCUACAAUGUCAUCCCACCUGAAAUGGACGUCAGCUUUGACCUCAGAAUACCACCCACAGUAAACCUACAGGAGUUUGAACGACAGAUCAAGCAGUGGUGUAAGGAAGCAGGGGAAGACGUCACCUAUGAAUUUGCUCAGAAACACAUGAACCAAAAUGUGACAUCGACAGAAGAAAACGAUCCUUGGUGGAGUGCCUUCAGUGGUGCCUGCAAGGCAAUGAACAUGACUUUGGAAAAGGAGAUCUUUCCAGCGGCUACAGAUAGCCGUUUUAUCCGAGCGGUGGGUAUCCCAGCCAUCGGCUUUUCCCCGAUGAACCGAACGCCAAUCCUGCUGCACGAUCACAACGAGUAUCUGAAUGAGCAGGUUUUCCUCAAAGGCAUCAGCGUGUACGAGAAGCUCAUCCCAGCUCUUGCCAGCGUUCCCGCCUUUCCCGGCGAGGCUUAGACAAGCCCUCAUUUGUAAUCCUCUUUAGAACACAUUUCACUGAUGAGUUGAUUAUUCAACUUUAGGAAUUUGCAAAGAUUACCAAAGAAUAACAGCGUGUAUGUCAUUAAGCCAAACUGAGCACCUAGGCUUUGGUACUGUUCAUUUCUUAUGAUUCUCAGGAUAUUAGCACGGUAAGCUCUGCACUGCACACUUACUGUAUGUGUGUGUCAUUGAUUCAGUGUGCUUGUGUGUACUCGGUUAUAACAGUCUUAAAGGAAUAUCACCGUGUUUUUCAUUAGUAUGGAAAAAUGUACACUACCAGACAAAAGUUUUAGAACACUCCAAUAUUUCUUUCUUUUUAUAUUGAACUGUAUGCAGAUUAAUGUUUCGUUUUACUCUGAAAUGAAAACAUAGAAAAAAAAUCAUAGAAUCAAUACAUAACCAAAAAUAUAUUCUAAACUUUCGACUCAUCACAGUAACCAUCUUUGACUAAUUUCACAUGUCAACACACUUCUUUCUUUCUAAAAUGGAAAUUUUUUCAGAGAGUUCUUUACAAUUUUGUUGCAGAAGUUCCCAGAAAUGUGUGUCACCUGUAGGGAGCUUUGCUUUCUCUCUUCUGUCCAGUUCAUCACAAACCAGCUCCAUGGGGUUAAAGUCUAGAGCCUGGGCCAUGGCCCACUCCAUGUUUUCAAGCUCUCCAUCUUGUUUUUAUCCUGAGGUAGUUCUGGCGUAGCUUGGUCUAAAGUUCUGGGUCAUUAUCUUGCUGUGGGAUGAAGCCCUGACCAACUAUACCAGAGGAUACUGAUACUGUUCUAAAACUUUUGACCAGUAGUGUACUUACUGAAAAGCGAGUGUGAAUUUGAUCGAUGAUCUCAAUUUUCACCUAAACACAUGUUUUUAAAUUACGAUUAAUUUUAAAUGGAUGCUCACAGAGAUAGAAUCUUAUUUAAUAAGCUAGCAUUGAAUAAAUAUAUUUGUUCAUUC